UAACCUGCAAAUGUUCAGACACGAGCGUUUUAAAGUUUAGUGCUGUUGUUUAGUGCGAAAUUUUUAACAAAAUGCGAAUGCAGAAAAUUGCAUUUUAAAGAUGAGUUCCAGGUCGCAUAGUGUGAAAAGCGUGUUUGAUCCUCAAUAUCUGUAUUAUUCAUACGAUGCCACUACCAAGAGCGACCAUUAUAACAACAUGGAAAAUUAUCCAGACGAAACGGCCGCAUCGGCAAAAAGCAUAUCUCAUACAAGUUCCAAUAGUGUUGGUAGAGAUGAUAAUUUGACUAUGAGCCGAGUUGAAGAGAAUUUUUCGCUUCUGAGCAAUAAGCCAGAUAUUCCUGUUAGCAAGCCAACACCUUUGAAUUUUACUAUUCAAGUUACUGGCGAGCGAAGAAGGUUUUUGAACAAGCUUACAUUAAAAACGAUACAAAAUCCAUGGCUUGAUACAAUUAAAAGUUACUUGGAGGACAUCAUUCUUCUGAAAUCCACAGAUAAUGUAAUCAAAUUUUGCCCAGUGGAGGAAACAGAAAUAGGUUUCCCCAUGUUUUCAAGUAGAAGCAGUAAGACGUCUGAUGUAUCAAGUUCCAGUUUCUCGGUCUUUAAAGUCCCCCUUAAACGACCUCCGACUCGCCAGAAAGGGAUAAUGCAGAGUUCUCCCGCAUGCAGUAUUACAGUUAACGACCCAACAGCUCGUGAAGACAAUUUCGAUAUUAUUUCUUUGAUUGCCAGCACGAAUAUGGAAGAUGACCCUGUUCAUGAAACAAUAUUCGACAAUGAUGUUAAAUCUGAAGCAUCGAGUGUUCCUUCUCUUCCACAACAGAUGCCAGAGGCUGUUAAUGAGGAUAUUAACAAAAUGAAUUUCGUAGCAGCUUGGCUUCAAACCAGCAGUAUACCAAGGGUGCCCCAAGUUUACAUGGGACUAUGCUUCAAUUUUUUUUUCAAUAACAAUUGUCACAAGGUUUUUUGCUCAAAUAAACAUAAUCUGAAAUGCAAAAUAAAUCAGUUAUUAAGUUUGCCGGAGGAUUUGUUCUAUGUAGCAUACAAUUAUGCGAAAUCGAAUCCCAUAUUUUUCAGCAAAAUUUUUAAAGAAUUUGCAUCGAUGUUUGCAAUUAAAGGAAACAAAGAGGAACUUAUUAAUAUGUUAGAUCUAUUUUUGAACAGCAACCAUCCCAUGCUAGACAGAAUAGUUGGCGUUACGACCGUUAUACACAGCUUGAAAUUCACCGACUUGAAUACAUUUGAAAAUGCAGUGGAAUAUAUAAUGUGUCGUGUGGAUCGUUCAAAAUGUGUAAAUUUAGAUUCGGCACUAUUAGAGACAAUAAUUUCUGCGAAUGAUUUUCCGAGCCAUUGGUCGUUGAUUCGCAAACUUAUUGAAAGAGGAGAAAAAAUCCCAAAGAAAAUGGCUCAACGUUUCGUUGCCCAUCUUAUGAAACCCCCCGUUAACAACGGCAUGUGUAAAGAAGUAUACGAAUAUAUCAAAAAAUACCAAUGCAUCGAUUUGCCCACGGUUCAUUUUUCUAUAAGAGAGCCGUUUUUGAAAUUAUGUACUCGAGAAAGUAGCGAAGAACAUCAAGAUGAUGUAUCUGCUACGACCACAAAUACUGCAUUUAAAAGCUCCCAGGAAAAUAUUAUUGCAAAUGGGAAUAGAAUUGGGGCAGAGAGUUCUAACGGUCUUGCGUGCGUGUUUCAACCAAUCCCGUCUCAAGAGUCCGAAACCUUUGAAGGGGAACAAGAAAAUAUGGCGAAAUCUGUUCAAUCUGCAAACUUUAUACCACCAGAAGAUAUUGAUUUUUCUGAUUUAAACGAGAAAAAUCGUAGAUCAUCGCCAACCGGUUUUAGGGAGAUUCAUCAAAGUCCAUCUUCUACCGGAACUGCUGCAAACCAUCCAGUUCAGGAUCAGCCGCAAUCUUUUAUACUAAAUUCGCAGCGAUAUCGAGUUGAUCGAAAGCGGAAAAAUAGUGGCUCUAGCUCCGAAGGCAAUUCAAAAGAACAAAUUGGCACCAAACAAUUGAAUCCAGGAUAUCCACUUGCUACCACUUACAAUAAAGAGGGGCUCCAAUACGACCCCACGAACGAUUACAGGCCUCGGCCACCAAAAAUUAAAGUAACACAAGACCUGUCUCGUAAAGGAACACCAACAUUCCCUACGAUAGGGGCAUAUGUAGAUCAACCUGUUGAGAUCACCGUCGGUCAAAACCACAUUUCAGGACUACAGAAAAACGUUUCAAAUAUAGGUUCUAUUGAAACAACAGACGCAAGCCAUGCGUUGGAGGCCGAAGCAAAUGCUGACGACAGUUUUGUGCCACUCAGGCCUGAACCGAAUUCUCUGACUGGUGAUACUAACAGUAAGUUCGGGUCUGCGAGAGUUCAAGAAGCAAACUGUUUUGCAGAAAAUCUUGUGUCUAUCAGUGUGGAUACACACUACGGGAGUAGCAAGAUUACAGAUCAUCCGAGGUUUGGUCAUUUGUACUUCCAACCGAGCUACAAUAUUAAUGUGAGCCUACACAAUUUCUAUUUAGCGGAAAUCGAUAAUAUUGACAUCGAUGAGGACGAUGUGCUGGCUCUAAACGACUGUGUGAAGACGGGGGACGGAGAACGUUUCCUUGCAUUAUGCUGUAAAUACCAAGGACCUUCAACCAUCCAAAAUUUCAUUUCUAUGACUUUAGCCCAUUUAAAGGGCAUGAAUCAAAUGAUUGCAAGAAAGUACCAAAGUCUACUGACCAGUAUAGAAAAUACGAAACCAGAUUUUUAUAAAUGUGUAUUUUUUCGAGUGAUAUUAGAGGUGAUUACAAUGAAUAUACUGUUUAUAUUGGAGGCUCGAAAUAUGUUUGUGGACGUUCAAUAUUUAUUGGCGAAGUUUUCGGAUUGGGAUAGUUUGGUCACCUCGAGGCUUUUUAUAACCAAUACGAAUGCUUCAAUGUCUAUAAUGGGUAGAUAUUUAUUCCUUGCAAAGUUGUUGGUACAUUGUAAACCAGAAUUAGCUUACGAGAUUCUAGACUGCCCAACGUUCAAAUUUCUUGACGAAAAUUACACAUGGCCAUAUCAUCCUGCUAAUCCGAUUCCUGAAAUAUUUAAUUCCGAUUUGCAUGCCAGAAAUCUGGUAAUAGAACAACUGCUGAAAACUGGUUAUCGUCUGAACAUUGUGUGUGUGAUACAGCUUUAUAAAAAAGCUUUGAAGCGAAAAGGAGGAAUAUGGCUUUUCGAUGUUAAACCGUUUAUUGAACCAAUGGUUACAUCAGUGAUCAAUAACGGGAAACCAGGACAGCUGAAACAAAUUUUUGCAGAGAUCGAUAUGUUUUGCAAUCACUUACAAAAGCUAACUUUGCGAGCUUUUCUUAUUAGUAUAUACUCUUUCUUAAAAAAGACUGAUUGUUUUAAGUUAUUUGAAAUAUGCGUAGCAAGAGAUGUAUAUAAUCAAAUUACAAAUGGUGAUGCUUUGGAGCAUUUAAUCGAAAUCAAAACAAUUAUGCUUCCGUGUGAAAUUGAACUUAUAAUCCUUUAUUACUUCUAUCAAUUGAGGGAAAUAAGGAAUCUCCCGCCCGGAUCUGAGCCUCUUACAUUUAACAUUACAUUACCAGGUACCAAUUUGAACUGUAAAUAUCUUCCAGUUCUCAACGUGAAUAGAAGUGUUAAGCAGAUUGUUGAAAAUAUAAAAAGCGUUGUACAAUCUAAAUGUUCAAUAGAGGCCAAGCAAGUGAAUUCCAAUGUUGUAGUGAUAGAGAAAAAUGAUCUUAUACAGUUCCUCGAAAACGCACAGGGAUGUGGUAUGUGACAACGUUUUCCCGACAAUUAUAUUUGUAAUAAAAUUAUAAUUUGGAUAGAUUUGUUAAAAAAUGUUGGAUAAUUUUUAAUUUAACGUACAAAUUUUAGAAUAACUUUUGUGUUUGGACCAAGUAAUUUAGUGUGAGUGCAGAAAAAAUAUUAGUUUUAUAUCGGCAAAUUAAUAUGCAAAAUGUUGGUAGGUCUACAGACAUAAUAGUGAUGGUCACAGUUAAUCGAUUAUACUUAGUAUUGUAAAUAAACAAAUAGCAUACAUUAAUCGCAUUUUGCGACUACCUUUGAUUUCAUUUUGGUAUUGAAAUUUAGUUGUAUGUUAUUUGAGUGAAAGGAUUAUUCAUUCUUUAUACACGUUGUUAUGUUUGCAACAUAGUUUUAAGUAAUCUUUAAAAUCACAGCAAAUGUUUAUGCAACGUUUCUAAAGCCAUCAUUUCAGGAACUUUGUCAAUGUAUUUUGAAGCUCCUGUAUUUAGCGCCCACAGUCGUAAGCUUAAGCAUGGACAUAAAAAUAUUUUUUAAACGCUUAUCUAAUUAGAAUCUCAAGUAUUUUUUUAAACAUUGCCAUAUGGGUAAAAAACAGUCAUUACUAUAAAAGCGAGCAUUUUCUAAAAUUGUCUCUAUUUUGCAAAUCCUUUGAUCUUUCUUGCAUUAUUGAGUCAAUAAACAAAGGAGCGUUUUAAAAAAUACUAUUAUGUGACGUGUCAACCUCAUUUUAAUAUUGAUAAACCACCAAUUUAUGAAUUGGUAUUUCUUGUGAUAUAAUAGUUUUCUAAACUUACAUGAUUUUGUAUGAAAAUUAA